AUGGGUAUGUUGGGCGGUGGCAAUUUCGACGAUGUUUGGGAGGAAGGUUCAGCGGGCAGUGAUGAAGACGACGUGUCGAUAGACGGUAUGGACGACCGCGGGUUCGAGCUGGAAGGAGAACUGGACGUCUUGGAUUACGACGAGUCAUAA